AUGAAACAAAUUGAAAUCGACAAAGAAUCAGACCAACCAACAAUUCAAGAAGAAACCUUGUUAAAGACUGAAUAAUAUUUGUGUCCAGCCAAUAGAAAUCAUAAAUUGUAAAGUCUUGACAAAUUAUUAUCUCAUCUACAUACAUGCAAAGAAGUUAAAUUGGCUGACAAACCUCGAUUCGUAUACUAUUGUUAAUAUUAUCAAGGCCAUUGUUUUUUGACAACAGAGGACCGAGAGAAACAUGAAAGGACUUGCCAAUGGAGAAUAGGGUUAAAAAAGUAACCUGAUCCCACAGCCAACAAGUAUUCAAUCAUCUAGCCUCUGGGCAAACCGAUUAAUCCUCAGCAACAGCAAAAACCUGUUGCUUACACAGAUUAGCAACAAAGAAAUUAUGAGUAUGCCAUCAAGAAAGGUUUAAUCAAGAAGAAGGCAUAUGAUGAAUACAUACCCGAGGAUGGGUUCGAAUUCAACAAGGAUUUUAAGAAAGUGGAUGAGUUGAUGAAAUUGUAAAUCUAGAAAAACAUUUCAGAUUAAAAUUAGAAUAAUAUACAGUUUACAUUUAAAACCCAUUUUUUUAUGGUCCAGCCUCAAAACAAGUAAUUGAUCGAAUUUCUGAUAAAGAGAAUCCCUUAUAAUCUGUACUUUAGGAAACAUAAGUUUUAUAGAGAAGAGGAGAAGAAUUAAAUUGUCUAGAAGUUUCUAAUGAAGGAGAAGAAGAGGGAGUAGAGAAGACAAAAGGGCAAGCCUGAUAUUAAAUAUAAUAUGGUUAAUCAGAUACCCAAUGAUAUCCUAUUGAGUUUGUUGAAUUUCAAUACAUAUGAAGAUUAUUUAGACAAAUAGAUGGAUGAAUUCGUAAAUUGUAAGAAGAUGGAAGAGGAAAAUGUUCUUACGUCUACGUAUUUGAUGACCACAGGCAAAAAGGCGAUUUUCAUUCUUUAGAUUGGCAGGGACUUCAAGGAUAUCUUCGGUAGGAAUAUCAACCUAUUGGAUUUUAAGGCUAUAUUUGCAGAUUUCCUAGCAUUUUCGUUUAAAAGGGAUGAGAAUAUGAAUAAGCAGAUUGAGCCAUAUCUAACUUAAACAUCAGAACAUGUAGAGAGUGGUAAAAAUUAAAAACAAAAUUAAAACAUUUUUGAGGAAGAGAUAGACAUUUAAUAGUAGAGAUUGAUAGGAGAAUUGAAGGCUAAACUUGAGAUAUAGAAAUAAAAGAACCAGGAGGAUAAAAGUCAGUUGGAAAGAAAUCAAAGGGAAUUGCAGGAGUUGAUUGAGAAGAAAAAGUGUUUGAUUUAGAAGGAAUCAGAUAUUGAACAAUAAAUAAAGAGAGUCAAUGCUUAAAUCAAUUCAUAUCAUUCAAAGAUAAAAUCAUAUAAAUAGGAGUUGGAAUUGAAGAAUCAGGAAAAAAUAAAAAUCUUAUAUGAUUAGAAGGAGAAAGAAUUGAACGAGUUUAUUGAUGCAUUGAAUCAGUAGGUGAAUCAAUAUGAGAGCAGUCAAUAGGAGAUUAAGGAUGAGAUCUAGAGUUUGAAGGAGGAAAAGCAGAAGUUGAAAAGUACAAUUAAUAGAUUACAACCGUUUAAAUUAUAAUUGGAGAGAUAAUUGGAGGAUCUUCAAAAGCAGGAAAGCAGUGUCCCUUAGUAGAUGACUUAGUCAGAAUAUUAUACUGGGAAUGAAUUUGUGUUUGACAUUUCUGAUAAAAUAAAAUGUAAGGCGUGUAAGAUAAGAAAAAUAAAUGUUGUUUAUAUUCCUUGUGGAGAUGCAGCAUUGUGUAAGAUUUGCCACGAAAAGUUUGAAUAGUUGUUACCUCAUGUCUGUCCGAUAUGUGAGCAGUUUGUAAAAAGAGUUUAUCAUUUUAUGUGGGAAAAUGAAGGAUGA